CCCGGAUCGCUUAGUUACACUCACGACGGCGGUCCAUCAACACCUCCAGUACUCCACCACGGUGGUUUAGACCUGACUGUACCUGCCUAUACCUACGUGAUACCAUCUUUGUGUACCACUACUCCGGUGGGUCUUAUUCCGCUCAUACACAAACCCGACGAUCUAAGCGGUGAACAAUAACCCCAUCGUCAAUCGACGGCAAAACAAAUAAUUAUAUUUCGUCCUAGUCAAAUACGAAAGGUAUACGCCUCAUUCGCCAUCACUCGUUUUACCGGAACGUCAAACCCGCUGGUGGUACACGAACGUGUCAUUAAAAUAUUAUUGUAAUAAUAUCAAAAACGUCACUCAGCUAUGUACAGAUUCCAAGACGUAGCCCGUCCAGCGACAAUGGCGGCCAAACAUUUUGUCGGUGCACCAAUGAGGAUGGCAUCAUCAAUUUGCCCUGGAGAAUAUGCUGGACCGUCAGUCGAAACGUCGGUACCAGGACCGAAGUCGAAAAAACUUCUCGCCGAGAUUUCCCAAUUUCAGCAAUCCGGUUCGGUUCAGCUAUUCGCUGACUAUAACAAAUCUCUGGGCAACUACUUGGUUGACGUCGAUGGUAACGUUCUGUUGGACGUGUACACGCAAAUAUCGUCAAUGCCGUUGGGUUACAACCAUCCGGACAUGUUGAAAGUGUUGGAAAGCGACGAGAACAAAAAAGCCAUCGUCAAUCGUCCGGCGUUGGGUGUCUUCCCAGCUGCCGAUUGGCCAGAGAAAUUACGAAGCACGCUGAUGAGUGUUGCACCUAAAGGUAUGGACGCUCUGACGACUAUGAUGUGUGGGUCUUGUUCCAACGAGAACGCGUACAAGAAUAUGUUUAUGAAGUACCAGCGGGACAAGAGAGGAGGCACUUCAGACUUCACAGACUUGGAAAAAGAUUCAUGCAUGAUUAACAUGCCGCCGGGUGCGCCCAAGCUAUCUAUACUGUCGUUCAAGGGUUCGUUCCAUGGCCGCACACUGGGCGUCCUAUCUACCACGCAUUCUAAGUACGUGCACAAGUUGGACGUGCCAGCGUUCGACUGGCCAAUGGCUAGAUUUCCCGAGUACAAGUAUCCGUUGCACGAGAACCUCAGGGAAAAUGAACAAGAAGACGAACGUUGCUUGGCCGAAGUGGAGGAACUGAUAGAGAAGUGGGAAAAGAAGGGCAACCCCGUGGCAGGAAUCGUCGUAGAACCCAUCCAGUCGGAAGGAGGAGACAACCACGCAUCACCAUAUUUCUUCCAGAAGCUUCAGAAGAUUGCCAAAAAGUACAACGUGGGAUAUUUAAUCGACGAGGUGCAGACAGGUGGCGGUCCCACCGGAAAGAUGUGGUGUCAUGAGCAUUUCGAUCUGGAAACUUCACCUGACAUCGUUACUUUUAGUAAGAAAAUGCAAACCGGAGGAUACUACUUGAAGACCGAAUUCUUACCCGACUUGCCUUACCGUGUGUUCAACACUUGGAUGGGAGAUCCGACUAAAAUCGUAUUGCUUGAUGCUGUACUGAAGGUGAUCAAGAGGGAAAAUCUGUUGUCUGUGGUCGAAAAGUCCGGCGAUGUACUCAUGUCCGGACUCAGAGACUUGGAAGCUGAGUUUCCAGCACUCAUAAACUCCACAAGAGGCCGCGGUACAUUCAUAACUUUCGAUGCUACUGAUGCCAAACUCCGAGACGACAUCGUCAAAAGACUUUUAACCAAAGGAGUCCAAUCCGGAGGCUGUGGAGUUGUGGGCAUCAGAAUGCGACCGGCGUUGAUCUUCCAGCCCCAUCACGCUCACAUGUUUAUCGACAGACUUCGCCAGGUGUUGGCCGAAACUAAAUAGGUUCCCCGUUAUAUUGUACAACUAUUAUACGUGUGCAGUAGUGUGAGCAUUUGUUUAUAAUAUUGUGAUAUUAUCGAAAAAUAUGUCUUCCAGUUUUAACAUAAAGCUUUUUAAAGAUGAACGUAAACAAGUCUUC